UCGUCGUACAGGAGUCCGCCACGACCCUCACCUAUCACGCUGCCUACGUCCCUUUCGCUCACGCCCAGUUCCCAUUCACCGCCACCUCGAGAACGGCUAUCGGACCCUAUUAGAUUCAGAUAUAUGAAUUUAGGUGUCAACAACUCCAACGACGAUCUUCAGAGCAGUAAAAGAAUCCGAACAGCCUUCACGAGCACGCAACUCCUCGAGUUAGAACGUGAGUUUUCCUCAAAUAUGUACCUCUCCCGGCUGAGGCGCAUCGAAAUCGCCACCUAUCUGAAUCUUAGCGAAAAACAGGUCAAGAUCUGGUUCCAGAAUCGCCGGGUUAAAUAUAAGAAGGAGGGAACAUCGGACCGGAGGGAGAAGUGUCGGUGUUUACGCACGUGUUCCUCUAAGUCCGGGAAAACAAAACACGAGAAGGAAGGAGAGGACUUUGACAAACAUCACCAUCGGGAGGACUGUACUAAGUUACAUUCCGAUUCUGAUAUGGACUCUGAGGACAUUGAUGUCAGUGAUCAUGAUUCGAACCAUGAACUCGACUGUGACGUAGUGAACAAUGACAGUGAUCAUUCCAGUCCAACAAUUCGCAAAUCCCCAGUAACUAUUUAGUAGUUAUUUUUUGUAUAGUGGGAAAUGGGUAUUUUUGUGGGGGAACAAAAAUAUAUUUUGUCGGAGCUGUAUCUGUAGAAUCACAAACAAUGUGCUUACCCCUUACUCUAGUUUCACAGAUAUAAGACCAUUUUCUGAAUAUUCAUUUCGAUGUUAUUUUGGAAAUCGUGCACGUGCUGGUUCGACAAUCUUCGAUCGAUGCUAUUCGAUUUAUUCUGUUCGGAUCGACAGUUGGUGGGAAA